CGGAGCCUCGCGGGCGGGAAAGGGGUAGGGGUUGCAGGUGUGAGGGCGCGGCGGAGUGACAGCUAGAGGGUCGUGGCGCCUCACGCUUUGUGGAGGUGUGGGGGUGUUACUGCUGUCGCUCACUGUGAGGCAGGUCGCCAGGAGUGUCGGGUCCACGGUGCCAGGCCUCAGGCCCUCGCGUCCCCAGCACCAGUCGGCCACGCGGUCCCAUGACUGCCGAUGUGGUCAUUUUCUCAAAACCUCACACAAGUAAUUUAGGAGAUUUAUUCCCCAUCGGAUCCCAGCUGACCUCGUCCCUACUAAGGACAGAGCGACUUCCAUCUCUGCUGUGGCCCAGGUUGGUUCUGGCUUGCCUGGUUCCACAGCCCGAAGACAUUGGCCAGAAGCGACUCCUGCCCCGGGUGGCCCUGCUAAAGCCUUCUGUGACUUUGGUGGGUCUCCAGUGGCCUCUCAAAAGCCUCCAAGUACCCCACAUCCCAUAUACAUGAGCUUUGGCGGGCACCAUGGGGGUGGGGGUGAAGCAUAGUUGUCUCCAACCCAGAGACUAGAGUAAGGAUCCUGAGGAGAACCAAAGAUAGUUCCUUCACACAGGGAAGGGGUGUGAAUUCCUACCCCGCCGUGGCCCUAGAUGACUAUGAUCUGGCAUCCCACCCAGUGUCCUCUUGGAGACUAGCUGACUCCCCCAUCAGGCUGCCAGAUGGGCCCAGUGGAAGAGGGAAACAUGGGGACAUACAGUGCUGGCGAUAGCUGGAGAGUUUGUUUGUUGUUUUCAGAUUUCUCAGGGAAAGAUAAAAUGAAUAAGAAGAAGCAGCAGCGGGACUCAGGUACCGGGCCUGGAACACUGGGUCUCCUGCAUGGGGGUGACCUCCCUCUCUCAAAGCCUCCUAAGAACCCACGGCUGAAAGACCCCCAUGGAAGCCCCGAGAGCUCUGUGCUGAUGCAGUCACAGCACUCCAGAGAGUCAGAAGACAGCUCUGAAUCUGCUGCCUCUGUAGAACCAGGUGGGGAGGAACCACAACCUGCAGCUUCCAGCUGCCCUGUGGAGGACACAAGAGCUGUCUCUGACCUCCCAGGGUCACCAGAAGAGCUAGUCUCCCUGCCUCCUUCCCAGAACUCAGUCAGGAGGUUUGUCCCCCAGUUUGCCAAAUCAAAAAAGACAAUAACAAGAAAAGCCAAGGCAUGGAAAGAGGUUCCAGAGAGCUGUCCCGGAAGCCAGGAAACAUGGCCAGAGCUGGGUGCCCUCCAGGCAGGCAGCCAGCCACAGAAGGAGUCCCUGAAGUUCCCUUUCCAUGAUGCCAGGAGACCAGAAGACCAGGCAUGGGCAGAUGGUACCUGCUCAAAGGAGAGGACUAUCUCCCCAGAUACUGGAAGCCCAGGGAACAGUGAUUUUGAGAUGCAGAGGACCACGGUUCAAGACAGUGAUAGCCAAGGAAGGCACCUGUCAGAUGGUGAUGCUGAAGGGAGGCAGGCAGAUAGUAGAGCCCCACAGGAAGGAGAUGCCCAAGAAGGGGGAACAGGGGCCCAGCAGUCUGGGGAACCCCAGGAAGGAGAAGACACCCUCUACAUUUCAGCAUCAGCUCCUGCCUCAGACCCCACUGUGCCUGUCCCCACACACAAACUCAGCAGCACAGGUGCAGCACCAAGCUGCAGCAGUCCAGCACAUGCCUCUCUUACAGACAGUGUCCUCACAGAUGUGAGCUUAGAUCCCUCUCUGCUGCAACAGAGGGCUCCAGAGGUGGCUGCGCUGCCAGGCUCUCUCAAUGGGCAGACCCCUGGUGGAGGCUGCAGUGGGACUCUGCUGGGCUACACACCUCUUACUGAGGAGACUACAGCAGGCAGAGAGGAGGCCAGGCUGGAAGAGGGGUCCCCUAGUGACACCCUGACAAGCCUUAUUGAGGCUGCAGUUCCUGGAAAAGAAGAGCCCAUGGUGGGUGCUGGAGAUCCAGGUCAUAUAGAACAGGAAAUGAGUCCAGCUGUCAAAACCAAGGACUCUGGCUCUGAUGGACAGUUGCCAGAAGAGAUAGGAACACUGCCUUUAGAGGCACAGCCCAUGAGCCAAAAGGUAGUGGAGUUAAGCAGCCUGAACUGCCAUCAAGACGUUGAGAGCCUCAGUUUGUCCCCUGAUACCUCCUCUCAGCUAGAGCAUAGCCAUGCAGCUAGUGACCUUCCCCAGAGGACCAAGGCCUCUCAUAGCAGCCCAGGGAUUCCCAUAGACCUGACAGAGCAACAGCAGUCAGCUCCCAGUACUAGAGAUGAGGCUGCAUGGCAGGAGUCCUCAACAAUGGAACUAGACUUCCUGCCUGACAGCCAGCUACAAGAUGUUCUGGAUGCCCCCAACCUGAAGGCCCUGUCCGAGCAGGGUUUUCCUGCAGGGAACGAGCCAGGCCAUGGUGGACCUGUCCCUAACCCAGAUGUCAUUGGAGGAUCCCCAAAGGCCGUGGCCAAAUCUCAGCCCAGACCCCCUAUGGGGACCUGGGCCCAGGAGGCCUUCAGGAUGCAAGAUGCCACAGACACAGUGCGCGGCCUCGUGGUGGAACUCUCCAGUCUCAACCGGUUGAUUAUGAGCACCCACCGGGACCUGGAGGCCUUCAAACGCAGGAAGGCCAAGCCUCUGCCUUACCUGACAAAGGGGUUGGGGAGCCUUGCUAGAGGGGAUCAGGGCUGGAGGGAACUGUAGGCUGCUCCAGCCUGCAACCCCAUGUGCCCUGCAGCUCUCCUGGGGCUCCAUAUACCCGAGGCUGAGGAGAAUCUGAGAGCACAGCCUGCCCCAGAUGUCCUCCAGCCUUCAGAGUCCAAGCUCCUGAGCUGAGCUGCAGUUGUCUUUCUUUUUUUUUUCCGGAAAGAGAAGAGGUGCUCUUUGUUCUUGUGCCUGUCCUCCUCCCCACCCCCACAACGCUGUCCACGUUACUUUUGGGAAGGCAGGGAAUAAAUGAUGCAAUCAAGAGCCUGUGA